AGCAUUUUUGCGAGAACCGUGCUGUAGUUGAACUGCUGUCCCGAAGUCAUGGCACGCGCCUCGAAGGUUGCUGUUGGCUCCGUGCUGGGAGCAGCCACCCUGGGUGGUUUGUCCUUUGUGGCCCCAGGAAGUCGACUAGUUGAAGUCGAGAACAAGGCAACUGCUGCAAGCCAGAAAUUCCUCUCUUCAUCAGCCCCUUCCAGCAGCUCCUCCGCAGUGCAGGGCCUGAGCGGUGCCUUGGCAGUUGGAGGACUCAGCGUGGCUGCCAUCCGAGGAGCAGCAGCAGCCUCUCGCCGCAAGGGUGUUCAGCCAAAGGCUGCCCAGAACGUGGUUGCUUGCAAAGCUUUGGCCAAGAAGAGCAUUGAAGACAUUGAUCUGAAGGAUCAGCGAAUCUUCAUCCGUGUGGAUUUCAACGUGCCUCAGGACAAGAAGGACCCCAACAUCAUCACCAACACGGCACGAAUUGAUGCUGCACUGCCUACCAUCAAGUAUGCCCUUGAGAAGGGUGCCAAGUCUGUGGUUUUGUGCUCUCACCUCGGCCGUCCAGAUGGUCAGAAGAACGAGAAGUUCUCCAUGAAGCCAGUUGCAAAGGUGGUUGAGGAGAAGCUGGGCAAGCCAGUGAAGCUGAUGCAUGAUGUGGUUGGCCCCGAGGUUGAGGAAGCAUGCGCUGACCCCGAGCCAGGCACCGUGAUCCUCCUGGAGAACUCUCGCUUCUAUGUCGAGGAGGAGGGCAAGGGCAAGGAUGCUGAUGGUAACAAGGUGAAGGCAGAUCCAGAGAAGGUGAAGGAGUUCCGUGCUUCCCUUGCCAAGCUGGCUGACAUCUACUGCAGCGAUGCCUUUGGCACUGCACACCGAGCACACAGCUCCAUGGUCGGAGAAGGCUUCCCAGUCAAGUGCUCUGGUUUCCUCCUUGCCAAGGAGCUUGACUACUUUGCCAAGGUUGUGGACUCUCCCACCAGGCCUGUGUGCGGCAUCCUUGGCGGAGCCAAGGUGGCUGACAAGAUUCAGCUGAUCAUGAACUUGCUGGACAAGGUGGACAUUAUGAUCAUUGGUGGUGGCAUGGCCUUCACUUUCAUCAAGGAGGCUGGUGUUAACAUUGGCGCCUCCCUCUAUGAUGAGGAGGGAGCCAAGUUGGUGCCAGACAUCAAGAAGAAGGCAGAGGAGAAGGGUGUUGAGUUGAUCCUGCCAGUGGACUUUGUGUGCUCUUCCAAGUUUGGAGAGGAUGGCGAAAUCAAGGACGGCGACAUGGAGACAGGUGUCCCAGACGGCUUUUUGGGCUUGGACAUUGGUCCCAAGUCCAUUGCAAUGAACGACGAGGCCAUCAAGAAGGCCAAGACAAUUGUGUGGAACGGCCCAAUGGGUGUCUUCGAGAUGGCCUCUUUCGAGAAGGGCACCAAGCAGAUGAUGGAGACCAUUGUGAAGGUCACUGAGGAGGGAGCAGUGUCUGUGAUUGGCGGAGGCGACACCGCCACAGCCUGCAAGGUCUACAAGACCGUUGACAAGGUCUCUCACUGCAGCACUGGUGGAGGUGCUUCCCUGGAGCUCUUGGAAGGCAAGGUGCUGCCUGGUGUGGCCGCAUUGGAUGACAAGUGAGGGAAGUAGAUAGAUUGACUUUAGAAUUUUUGUAUCAUUGUAUAUACAUUUGCAGUUUCUUUAGAGCAAUUCCUAGCAAUCAUGCCAUGUAUUUCUUGGCAAAGUCUCCACCAUGAAUUUUUCCGAGAUUCCUAAGCCGAACAAAGAAAA